CAGAGUAGAAGACGUACUAUAACAGAAGACUGAUGACUUCGAUUCCGAAAAAUCUAUCAUCUCUCGCUGAUUAUCUAGCUUUCAGAUCGCAAAAUGCCUUCUUAAACCUCAGUGAAUUACAACAAAUCCAUUGUCAAAUCCUCACCAACGACUAUUUUCAUUCAAAUUCUCUUGUCACCAACUUUCUGUCUUCAUGUUUUCGUUCUCAGAAGCCUCGCUACGCUUUGGUUUUCUUGCAGAAUCUGACAAGCCCAGACCCAUCUCUGUGGAAUUCAAUGAUUCGGGUUUCAUUGGAAUCUGGGGUUUGUCCGGAUUUUCUGGGUUUUUACAGUGGGAUGCUCCGUAAUGAUGUGCUUCCCAGUAAAACUUCAUUUUCUUUGAUUCUCCGGUCGUGUGCUAUUUCGGGUGAAGCCCAGUUAGGUGAGGCUUUUCAUUGCCAGAUAAUGAAGAUGGGUUUUGAAUAUGACAUGAUUUUACAAACUGGGUUGCUGGAUUUUUAUGCUAAGGUUGGGGAUUUGAAGUGUGCCAAGAGGGUGUUCAUGGGAAUGCCUAGGAGAGAUGUUGUUGCGAAUAAUGCGAUGAUUUCAGCGUUGAGUAAGCAUGGGUAUGUUGAGGAGGCCCGGAAUCUGUUUGAUAAUAUGACAGAGCGUAACUCGUGUUCGUGGAAUUCCAUGAUAACUUGCUAUUGCAAGUUAGGUGAUAUCAAUUCAGCUCGUUUGAUGUUUGAUUGUAAUCCAGUUAAAGACGUAGUUUCAUGGAAUGCCAUAAUUGAUGGGUAUUGUAAGUCGAAGCAACUAGUGGCUGCUCAGGAGUUGUUCCUUUUGAUGGGAUCAGCUAGGAAUUCUGUCACUUGGAAUACCAUGAUCUCAGCAUAUGUUCAAUGUGGGGAGUUUGGAACAGCCAUAUCUAUGUUCCAACAAAUGCAAUCUGAAAAUGUGAAGCCGACUGAGGUAACCAUGGUUAGCUUGCUAUCUGCCUGCGCUCAUCUUGGCGCUUUGGAUAUGGGUGAAUGGAUUCAUGGUUAUAUAAGAACAAAAAGGUUAAAAAUUGAUGUUGUUUUAGGUAAUGCUCUCAUAGAUAUGUACUGCAAAUGUGGGGCUUUGGAAGCAGCCAUUGAUGUUUUUCAUGGCCUUUCCAGAAAGAACAUCUUUUGUUGGAAUUCUAUUAUUGUAGGAUUGGGAAUGAAUGGUCGUGGUGAGGAAGCUAUAGCUGCUUUCAUCGUGAUGGAGAAGGAAGGAAUUAAGCCAGAUGGAGUGACCUUUGUUGGGAUUUUGAGUGGGUGUAGUCACUCAGGCUUGUUAUCUGCAGGUCAAAGAUAUUUCUCUGAAAUGCUUGGAGUUUAUGGGUUGGAACCUGGAGUUGAACACUAUGGCUGCAUGGUUGACCUCCUAGGUCGAGCAGGUUAUCUCAAAGAGGCAUUAGAACUUAUAAGGGCCAUGCCCAUGAAACCAAAUUCAAUGGUGUUGGGAAGCUUGCUUCGGGCAUGUCAGAUUCAUAAGGAUACCAAACUGGGUGAGCAGGUGACCCAGCAACUAUUGGAGUUGGACCCUUGUGAUGGUGGAAAUUAUGUAUUCUUGUCCAAUCUAUAUGCCUCCUUAAGCCGGUGGGAUGAUGUCAAUACAUGCCGGAAAUUAAUGAUCAAGAGGGGGGUGCAUAAAACACCUGGAUGCAGUUCAAUUGAGGUGAACAAUAUAGUACAUGAAUUUGUGGCUGGAGACACUUCACAUCCUCAAUUCACCCAAAUUAAUGCAUUUUUGGAUGAGAUUGCAAAGGAAUUGAAAGGGCAAGGGCAUGUGCCAAAUACUGCCAAUGUGCUACAUGACAUAGAGGAAGAGGAGAAAGAGGGUGCAAUUAGAUACCAUAGUGAGAGGAUUGCUGUUGCUUUUGGACUUAUGAGCACACCUCCUGGAAAGACAAUUCGGGUCGUCAAGAACCUCCGGACAUGCAGUGAUUGCCAUUCUGCUAUGAAGCUUAUAUCUAAUGCAUUCAAGAGAGAGAUUAUUGUGAGGGACCGGAAACGCUUUCACCAUUUCAGGAAUGGGUCUUGUUCCUGUAAUGAUUACUGGUGACUGAUGGUAUAUACUGUUCUUUUAUUGCCUUAAUUAUACGUGACAACAUUAUUUUUCUAGAGGUGAAUACAUAAAAUCCCAGCUCGAUCAAUUGGCACAACAAACUUUGUGUUGGUUUGCAGUUUUGAAA